ACUCCACACGUCAAAAAAGACACCUGCUCGGGUAAUAAAAAAAAAAGUUUAUAUUUAAAGUGUUUAAUGAGGCGGUGUGAGGGAUGUUUUAUAUUUUACAUUCCAGGCUGUGACAGACUGAGACAGCGAGUUUUAAAGUUUGUAGCAUGUCAGCGCGCUGUGAGUGACAGGUGAGGAGAACAGUCCGCGCUGUGCCGUUUUGUGAUUUCUUUUUAUUGUACAUGCUCUUACUGACCUGGACGCACGAGCGGAGCCUUAUGACAUUGCGCACAGACCGGGAGCGGGGCUGCAAAUGGGCGGCAUAGGUGGCAACCUCUACCUCAGCAUGUUGAAUGGGACUGAAACGCAAACUUUCGGAAAGAACCCCGACAUCAGCAGUCACCUCCACCGCGGCGGCAAGGAUCUAGCCGAGUUUAAAAUGGGGAUUCAGGACGCGAGGUUUUACUACCCGGACUCUGUUCCGAGCGGGCAGGACACUCUGGCUCUGCCGUACCACUCGGACCAGGCGGUGGGAGGGUACGGAGCGCAGCCCGGCAGGUUUUACGCACAGACCCUGAGCAGUUGCCCGUACGGCGGCGUGCGGUCGCCGCCAAGAAGCGGAGCCGGGCAGGGUUAUAUCCCAGCGGCUGGAGACGGGUUUCCCACAGGGGGUAAAGACUUGUACUCUCCUUCUCCGGAGGCUUACCCAGCGAGCUUUCAGCACGGCUACCAGCGGCCGCCUCUCUACCCUUUACCUGGGCUACAGGUGUGCGGGAAGACUCAGGCUCUGCUCAAUAACUACCCGCUGUGGGCCAAGUUCCACAAGUUCCAAACCGAGAUGAUAAUCACCAAGCAAGGGAGGAGGAUGUUCCCCUUCCUGAGCUUCAACAUCAGUGUUCUGGAUCCGUCUGCUCACUAUAACGUCUACGUGGACGUGGUCCUGGCUGAUCAGCACCACUGGAGGUAUCAGGGCGGCAAGUGGGUCCAGUGUGGGAAAGCGGAGGGCAACAUGCCAGGGAACAGGAUGUACAUGCACCCCGACUCUCCCAACACAGGAGCUCACUGGAUGAGACAGGAAGUGUCUUUCAGCAAACUCAAGCUCACCAACAACAAGGGCAGCACCAAUAAUGUGGCACAGAUGAUCGUGCUCCAGUCGCUCCAUAAGUACCAGCCUCGUCUUCACAUCGUGGAGGUGAAGGAGGACGGCACUGAGGAUGCCUUCCUGUCAUCCAAAGCUCAGACCUUCAUCUUCCCAGAGACUCAGUUCAUUGCUGUCACUGCUUAUCAGAACGCAGAUAUCACUCAGCUGAAAAUAGACCAUAACCCCUUCGCUAAAGGUUUCCGUGACAAUUACGACACGCUGUACGCUCCUCCCGACUCUGAUCGCCUCACCCCCUCCCCUACUGAGAGCCAGCAGCUGCUGCCAGGGAGCUGCUACCCCCAAGGCUACCUCUCUGAGCAGUACAUGAGCCCCCUGCAGCAGAGCCGCUUCUACAGCCGCGAGCCUAUCAGCAUGGGCCAGCAGCACAAAGACCCGUCCUCGAGUCCUGGUCCUCACAGUCGCUGGUACCUGCCGCCUCAGCAGGGUGUGGCCCCAAAUCGCCUUGACUUCACUUCCUCCUAUGAGGGGGACUUCUCCGGAAACGGUUUCUACAAGCCUUUCCCCUUGCAGACAUCCGCUCACCAUCCCCUCAGCUACUACCCUGAACAUCCUUUUGCAUCUACCAGCGUGUCUGUAUCAGGAGCCACCUCAGCGGGCUGGACCACCAGCCGGCCCACCCCUCAGUACCUCAGCCACCCGAGCAAGCCUGGCCCCAGUCUGGGCUGGUUCAGACCCAUAUCGUCCUCCUCAUCCUCCUCAUCAUCUUCCACAUCACCUGGCAACCCCCGGCUGCACCCGCCCUCGCUUCUAGAGCCUCUGCAGCCGCCUCUGCUGCAGGACAAGUCUAAAGACACUGUGGAGGUGGCUGGGGAAGACCCCUGGCUCGAACCUCCCUCUGUGAAAUCAGCGGCCUCAGCCGACUCAGGCCUGUUUGAGGGUGGCGUGGGGGACAACAAGAAGAGGAGGGUGUCGCCAUACACAUCCAGCACUGAAAACUCCCCACCUCCGCGCAGUGGAGAGGUCUGCGAGAAGGACAGCAACAGCGAUGCAGACUACUAUGGCUAUUACACCCACUGAAGACCUCACACAUCACCACAGCCUCCCCCAGCAUCCUCCCACACUGCUCUCAUGGACAUGCUUUUGUCUGUCCAGUCAGGUCAUGAUAAAGGGCUGGAACAGUCUCCAUUUUUGCUGCAGACAAACACCAGAACAUGCAGCUUCAUCCACUGUCACAUCGCAGUAUGGCCAGCCUCUCUAUAAAGUCCCCCUUCAAAGUGUCGAAUGAUUACAGGAGUAACUUUCAAGGUUACUGUCAAAGUUUGUGUUGAACACGAGUGGAUGUGACUGGGAAACUGCCCCGCAGUCACAUAAACACCACACAGACAAACAGACCUGUGACUUUAGCCUUCCAAACAUCUGGAGAUUUGAGAAAAAAUGAUCUGCAUAUCUGCUUGCUGACAGACGCCUGCAGGGAUUGUCUGUUCUUUCUGCAUCAAACACUCUGUCUGUCUGUUUUGCUCUGUCUUGUCUCUGUCUGUCUCUUCCUUCUCACCCUCAACCUUUCACACAUACUCUCACAAUAUGCUCACGGUCAUUUCCCCUGAUGAUUCUGAGCUGAAAUUACAUUUCACGCACAGUCUUCUCUCCAAAUCCAGCUCAAUAUGUUUAGUGUAGCGCCGACCAGUGGCGACAGAGGAGCAUUGCAGGGGCUCACGGUACACAGGCCAGAGUGUCUGAGGGAGCUGAUGUCAGGAGGUUAAGAGGGUUUAACAAGCACAUGUCCUGAAGCACGGCCGCUAAUCUAAUUCAACCCAGCUAGGACAGCCUCUCCUGUGUGUUGAUGUUAAGUAAAUCAACAACCGGUGCAGAAAUAGCCAGUCCUUACAACUGGAGACAAUCAAACACAAUCUCACAGGUGUUAAAGAAGAGCUUUUAUCUCUGAAGUUCCUAUGAAUUUCAAUCUGGAAUAACAAUUUACAAUUCAUAGUAACCUGCUGCCCUUCUGGGUAUUUAUAGGGUGAAGCAAAAUCUUCAGUCUGUUUGCACUGUAAUGUGAUUAGAUCCUGCCACGACAUGUCAAAACACAAAGAUAGAUAACAUCAAAAUGCUGAUAAGCAGGAUAAAAUCUCACCUCAAACUUAACUAAAAAAAAUUUGAGAGAGAAAAAAAUCAUAUAGCUUCAUGUGAUUGGCAAGAUUAGUCGAUGAAUUAAUGACACACUUGACAAAGAGGUUAAUCUACAAAUAUCUUGAUAAUCUGUUAAUUAUUUUAAGCAAAAAUGCCCCAAAUUUCCUGGUUACAGCCUCUAAAAUGUGCGAAUUUGCAGCUUUUUUAAAUCAUACGUGUAAUUUAAGUGAAGAUCUUCAGGUUUUUCUUGGUCGGACAAAAAGAAAAGACAUUUGAAGUUAUCACUUUGGUGAAUUAUAACAAGAAUGUUCACUAUUUCUAACAUUUUAUAGACAGAAUAAUUAAUCGUCAAUCAAGAAAAUAGUCCGUAGAUUCAUUGAAAAUUCGAUAAUAAUUUGUUGCAGCCCUAAAUUGGAAGAAACAUCAACUUACUUGUUGUUUCCGAAGCUUUCCACCACAUCUCAUGGCCCUCUUCAGUGAAUGGAGUUGCUGGUUGCCACAGAGAUGAUGUCGUUGUAAUCAGGUGACCUCAGUGUGCAACUUCAGUCACAUGAUUACUUGGUCAAAUACCCUCCCCCUCCUGUUUCACCCAUGACACCUUAUUUCAGAAAAUAUAUGUACUCAGCAGUGAGAGACAAAUACUUUUUUGAUCCUGUUUAAAAUGUGCCAUGAAUCCCACAUAUGAUGUUUGUCAAUUUAAUAGAUCCAAUUUCAAGUCAAGAUAUUCUCAGUUUGUCGUAAUAAUGUUUAGUUUUGUGUGGAAAUGCUCAGUGAACUACAUCUCUCAACCUACACCAGCUAGCCAACUAGCUAGCUAACUUGGCUAUUAUCGUUGCAGAAAUGUCACGAUAUCCUACCUGAUGCGUUUUAUCCAGCGACUCCUGGUCUUAUCAGCCAGGAAGUCAAAUAACGAGCAAGACCUGUUGGUCAUGUGAGUUCAUCCCGAUACAAAGCACACAGGCGUCAUAGAUUCAGGUAGAGAGCAAGCUAUCACCUAUGCUACUUGUGUCGUCACUUCAACUAGGUAUUUUCACAGUCUAAUACUCCAACCGUAUUUUGACAAAUUGUAACUAUCUUUACUUGCAAAAUUGUCUUUUAAAUUGACAAACAUCAUAUGUGUAACUCAUGGCAUUUUUUUUUUCAAAAAAGGGUCCAACAGCAGGGGAGAGAGUUGGGAUUCUUUGUUUAAAGACGAUUUCUGGCAUUAGAUGCGAACAUCCUCGCCAAUCUUUCUCCGACUGUACGCUGACCCCUGGUUGACGAACUUUGACCUCUCCCCAGCCCAUGCAGUGACUGGUUUUGGUUGCUCGUUCAGUCUCUUCUCCAGGGUCGUUGCCAUUCCACAGAUGCCGUCAUAUACCACCUUCGUUUUCCUGUCUUUAAGAGCUGAAAGCGUUGCUAACUCCUUGGCUCCCAGGAUGCAACGUCGAAAGGCGUAGGGAGGAGGGAGAGGGUUUCCGAAGGUAUUUGAAAACCUGGCAAGCAGUUCUGAUGAAGCACACUGGCAGCUUUACAGCACGAACGUAGCACUUACUUUACAAACCCUUCGAUGUGAUGAGACUGCAUCUUUGGAUCAAGCCGUUUCAAACUGCCCCUCAAUGGGACAUCAACCGUCGGAAAAACUACAGAUAUUCAUGAUUGAACUUUUCUAAUUCUGGGUCUGAAUCAGGUCUGUAAACUGCUAGAAAUGGUACUAGAAUAUGAUAUGUAAAGGGAGGGGACAGGAGCCUGCAAAACUACCAGUCACACAGUGAAGAAUAAUGGUCUUGGAGUGGAGGUGGAUGUAGAGCAAAAGGUGUGAGCAUCUGGUGGAAAAAGUCUGCCAAUGUGUUUCAAGGACAUCAAGAAGUCGCACCAAUUUGUCACAAAAAAACAGAAAAUGCUCAACCUCUCCUCGCAUUUGCUUUAAAGUCAUUUAAAGACCUGGAUAAUUAAUAUAAAACAUUUGUACAUCUUAGCACCAGGCAUAAACAAGGCCAACUGGACACUGCUUGGUUUCAUAGAGUGAAAAAAGGCCCCAUCACAACAAACGCCCAGCCCCCAGCUGUAGUCAGUGGAUGUGAAAACGCUCCUGUCACCACACACACACAUAAACCCCACAAUCAAUACCAUCGUCAAUAAAGACGUAACUGGAAAACAGUAUUGGCAGAGAGAAGUGUGACAGCUUAAAACACACAAACACAACCUGCACUGUACAUGAACGCACAGUGUUCGCAUUACACAGCAGGGGCAAAAAAGUGGGUCACUCACGAUGGCUACAUGCACCUGUAGGUAAACGGACGAGGCACUGUCACCCUCACAGCCACGAUAAACAGGAAGCACAAAGUGACCAGACAGACACCCUGAAUUUCCCCCCUCUAGUCUUCGAGCCUAUCACGUCGUGACACCGGCUGACAAGAGUCCCGGCUCCCUGUCCUGGUGACAGAAAUGAAGAGUGAGGCUGCAGUCGGCGCUGAUCAGAGAUCUGCUCCUCAUUCCUCACCAGGUGUGCUAAUGGCCUCAGACAACACUGGAGGCGACAGGCAGGCACUCGCUCGGUGCAGUGCAGGGUUACUUUAGUCUUUUCAAAGGGAGAGAUGAAAUUAAAACUAAAUCUGCACUCCUGAAAUGCCUAAAAUGAGUUUACAAAAACUGCACCAGCAGCCUGCACUGUGUAUACUACUGUAUAUCUGAUUAUAAGCUUUAUCUGCUGUAGUGAAAACAACCACACAACAAAAGAUAAUACUACUAAAAGACAGUUUCACAUGUUUGAUUGAUCCCACUCUUGUUUCUGUAACCAAAAACUGAGCUAGAGCCAGGAUGCUGUUAGCUUAUCUUAGCAUAAAGACUUAAAGUAGGGGAAUUUGCUGGCCUAGCUUGUCGAGAAACACACGUAACCCUUACUGAAAAGCACAAAUUUUCAUUUUCACACUUUAGUUUUUGUACAGAAGAAACAAAGAAGAUAUAAAGUGUUAAUUUGUGAUCUCUUGACAGAGUCAGGCCAUCUGUUUCUCCCUGUUUCCAGUCCUUGUGUUAAGCUAACGAACCAUCUCCUAGCUUUAGCUCGAAGUUAAACUCUCGGUAAAAAAGUGAAUCAUAUUUCCCAAAAUGUUGGACCAAUCCUUCACAGUUAAAGACAAAGAAGAUAUGACGAAAGCACAUAUCAACUUGCCAAAAGUACCAGUGAGAAAUUGAGGUCAUGUCAUCAGGACUGCUUCUGAGAAUUUGGGGGUUUUAGGGACCAGGGGAAGUUAUAUGUGGGUGGUUCAAGUAUUUAUAGACUCUAUAUAUUUAAGUUUUAGGCCAGCAAAAAUAAAACUAAUGAAGGAGUUCCCCUCCUGGCAGCGUGGGGACGACUUUGAACACACAUUUAGACCUUCAUGUUGGGAAAUUAAAUCUACAGAAACAGAUAAAGGUUCAGUGUGUAAGAUUUUCCGGGAUUUUGUGGCUUCUAGUGAUGAAACUUCUCCCAGUUUGGAUUCCUUCAGUGUUCAUUGUUCAGGAGGUUUUAAUCAGGAGCUGAAUUAUCCAUGGAGGUCUCUUUGUUUCCAAAACAAGCAGACAUACUUAAACUGGUAGUAACACUGAGUAAAGCGGUUUUACAUAAUAAAUCAGUGUUUCUAGUACACUGUACAGCAUGAUGUAGACAGGCCGCUAGCCCAAAUGUGUGCUUUCUUUUUUCUGAUCCAGACGUUCAGGAGGUUUUUACCAGGAGUCGAAUUAUCCGCAGAGGUCGCUUCCUCUUUAAAACAAACAGACCCGGUGAUUUAAACUGGUUUAAACACUGAAUAAAGCAGUUUCACUUUAAUAAUCAAUGUUACCCGAAGCUCGUCAGAGACUGGCCGUUAGCUUAGCACUAGUGAUGUGUCAGGAGGUUUUUACCGCAAGCCAAUUUUUUUUUUUACAGAGGUCUCGUCCUCUCCGAAACAGACUUGGUUAUUUAAACUGGUAAAAACACAGAAUAAAGCAGUUUCACUUUAAAAAUCUGUGUUUCCCGAAGCUGUUUGGCUCAUCAGAGAGGGCCGUUAGCUUAGCACCUACUAAUGUUUGCUCAGUUUUUUCUGAUUCAGACAUUCAGGAGGUUUUUACUGGGAGCUGAAUUAUCUGCAGAGGUCUCUCCCUCUAUUAAACAAACAGACCCGGUGGUUUAAACCAGUUUAAACACUGAAUAAAGCAGUUUCACUUCAAUAAUCAAUGUCCCCCGAAGCUCGUCAGAGAAUGGCCGUUAGCUUAGCACCUGCUAAUGUGUGCUCAUCUUUUUUCUCUACUUAAGAUCCAGACAUUCAGGAGGUUUUUACCAGGAGCUGAAUUAUCGGCAGAGGUCUCCUCUCCUAUAAGACAAACAGACCCGGUGAUUUAAACCAGUCUAAACACUGAAUAAAGCAGUUUAACUUUAUAAUUCAGUGUUUCUCUUAUUCAGUUUGGCUCGUCAGAGAAAGGCCGUUAGCUUAGCACCUGCUAAAGUGUGCUCAUCUUUUUUCUCUGCUGACUUAAGAUCCAGACAUUCAGGAUUUUUUUACCAGGAG